CUGCCUGGCCAGCUGGGGAAAGUGAACGUGAAGUUUGUCGCCUGUUUACUUUGUUAAUGAGGAGCUGGAUUUCCGCUUCAUUGAAGUCUUCUGUAACCUGGGGAGCCUGCUGGGUGUCUGCACUGAGUCCUCAGCCACUCUUCUCAUUCAGGACUCCUCCACUGCAAGGAGCUUUCUCCACUCCCUUCCUUCUUCACUCCAUCCACUCCUUUCCUUCUUCACUCCAUUAACCAGCCUGACCUGGGUUUGUAAGGACCUAUGGCUGUUGUCUGUGUCAGGAUAGCAAUCUAGAGCAGAGGUAGCUUGCUGCUUUCCCAUAAAGACCUCACCCUAUACAUUUCCAUCCAACAUAUUCUGCACUUUGCUUGUCUUAUUUCUCCAGGGGAGGAGCCGAGAAGUCCAUUCUAUUAUUAUGCUGAGGUCUUUCCUGCCAUCUGGACACAGUUUUGACAACUCUAGAGAUACCUUGAGCAAACGUAGAUCUUUGUCCUGAAAAGGUCCCCACGUUACGUCCAUGUCCGCUUUAAGUACCAUCCAGAUCAAAGAGGCCAACGCUCACCUGGCAGCGUUACACCAGCGAGUGGCCGAGCUUGAAGGCACCAUAAGGGAGCAGGCAGAGAGCCUGAUCCGGAAAGAUGAGCAUUACCAAGCACUUUUAAAGAAGAUCGUGGAUGCCAAAGACAGGGAGUUGACUGAAAUUCAGAAGAGACUGAUCCAUUCUGAAGAAGAAACACAAAGACUAGCAACAACUAUUAAGGAUAAGGACAGGGAGCUGGAUCGGGCCCGACAUCAUAGCCGACUUCUGGUUCAGAUAUGUCAAAGGCGACCACUCUUGGAAGCUUUGGUUUCUGUCAUGGCUGAGGCAGAAGGAAUGACUUGUUUGCCUGCCCUGGAGGUUGAGAGAAGCAAUGGCCUCUUAAAUUCUGUAGACUACCUUCAGAGCGAGGAAGACCUUGAAGACUCUGAUACAGACAGAACACUUUUUGGCACAACUGUCUGAGAUAAAUACAGUUUAUUGGUAUUUACACUACAUAUCAAAUGUAACUUGAGCCAAAACCUUUUUUUUAAUGGGGGAGGUUGAGAACCUGUCAGGUGCUCCUUUUGUGGAGGUUCAUCCUCAUUUCCUUAACUGUGCUACUAGUGUUUGGGAAAUGUAAAUCUCCAGUGAGGCUACAAUAAAAAGACAAUGGAGGUGCCAUUUUCCUUCUGUACUAUUAAAAAAGGAUUUGUAUUGCUGUUGUGUUUCUGUUAAAGGUAUUUCCACUUACUCCCUGUCUCGUUGAUAAAGUCAGUGAGACUGGAACUGAGGGGAACCCCAAUGUGCAGGUGCACAGACAGCAAUUAAAUGGAAAAUAUAAUGGCUUGGGGUCCGUUUAAUAUAAACAGGCAUUAGUAUGUUUUUUUUUUUUUUAUAUAUAUAAUUGUAUACCUAUACGGUGCAGAUUGAAAGCUUUUAAUAACAUUGAGGGCUCAUUUACAUUUCUGCUGUGUUAACACACGUUGGGGGUUAUUUACGAAAGGCAAAUCCACUUUGCACUACAACUGCACUUUCAAGUGCAGUCGCCAUAAAUCUAAGGGGGACACGCAAGGAAAAUAAAAAAACUGCUUCUUAGCUUGCAUAUUAAUGGAUGAUAAAAUCGGCAGAGCUUCCCCUCAGAUCUACAGUGAUCCACAGCGACUGCACUUUCAAGUGCACUUGCAGUGCAAAAGAUCAAAAAAUAAUCUUCUGUGGUUCUAUUCAAAAGGCAAUGCUUGUCAACUCAGGUUCAAGAUUUUAGGAGAUUGGGACUUGCAUAUAGUCAUUUCAGCUAAUCUUGUUCUUAUUUGUGCCUGCCUAUGUAUUUCACCACACCAAAGAUAACCAAAGGCCCUGCCUUGUAUCACUUUUCUUUGCGUUUCAUUAAGAAUUACAGUUAACCACACCUUCACAAAAAAUUCUGAGGCGUGGGUAAACAAGGCUUUAAAGGGAAACUGUAGUGUAAAAUGAAAUUAUAAUUUUUAUGGAUUUUAUUUUGUAUUCUUCUUCUACAAGACUGUGAAGCUAUUGGUAAAUAUUCUUGUCGGUCUUUGGGAACCACCAGUGACUUCAUUGAAACAGAAAUGAAGUACAAAGCCUCUAUGGUGGACAUGCUCAUUGGGGGAAAUAUUGUUGUCCAAGCUGGGCCACUUUCACGCUGAUCUGGUGCGCUUCUCCUGCAGCGUAGUGUACCCGCGGGUUUUCGUGCGGGUUAGCCAUGCUAUGCCAUAUUUUCAAAAAAUGUUCUAGGUGGAGAAAAUUUACUUUUUAGGCACCAAUUGUAAAAAUCAAAAGUAAUUUUAUUCACAACUUUUUGCGCUCAAAACUUUGUUAUAACCUUGUAUAGUCACACAUGCUCGAUGCAAUAUGUGCUGUCCUUCCUGAACAGUUUUCAAAAUGGUUUUUAGCUGCUACUGUAGUUUUUAAAUCUUUAGUUUUUUUCUUUUCAUUAUUAUGUAUUAAAGUUGUGAAUACAAUUACUUUAUGUUUUUACAAUUGGUGCAUAAAAAGUCAUUUUUUUUCUCCACCUACAAUUUUUUUUGGGAAAAUUUUACAUUUAGGACGCGGCACUGCAGUACUACAGGCACUACAUUGCACUUUCUGAAAGCCCACCAAAAUUCCUGCAUUCAAGACUUUUCGUGAACUUUUAGAAAGCACACCAAAACCGCAGGACAUAAUAGAAAUCUAUGGCAAAGAGCAGCUAACACACACAAAAACCGGGAGUGUACUGCACCUGCGCUGGAGAAGUGCAUCGGAUCAGUGUGAAAUGGACCUUGCACACAAGCUCCCAGGUUUGGGCGCUACCAUGGCCAAUACAGCUUUUUAGAACAUAUUUUUAUUUCUGUUUUUUACUAUUUUAUUUUGCCUUGGAGAGUAUUGGUAAAUCUUUACAAAAUGAUGGCCAAAUUGUUUUAUUGCUUGGCAAAAAAAAAAAAAAAGGUAAUCCAAAUUUCAGAUGGUGCACAUUUUUGCUAUAACUGUAAUGUUUAGCUGAAAGUUAUUGUUGAUUUUGCUUUCAUAUUUUUCAAGCAUGCUGGGACACGUUAAUCUGGCUAUAUGUCCACCCCCCCCCCCCC